GAGCGUCGAUAAAGUUGUGGUGAGACGUCACUGACUAAUACAGCGCAGCACAGAUGGGCAGCAUAACUGACGAUGAGGUCAUUCGCAAGCGCCUCCUUAUGGAUGGAGAUGGAGCUGGAGAUGACCGGCGCGUCAAUGUGCUUCUGAAAAGCUUUAUCAAAUGGUGCCAUUCAAAUGUGACGCCAGAGGAAGGGUUUGCUCAGUACCAGAGGAUGUUGGGCAUCUUGACUCAGUGCGAGUUCUCAAUGGGAAAGACGCUGCUGGUGUAUGACAUGAACCUGAGAGAGAUGGAAAAUUACGAAAAAAUUUACACAGACAUUGAGCAAAGUAUAUCAUCAGCACAUGAGAAAAUAGCAGAGUGCAAGAAAGAAAUCCAGAGGGCAAAGAGGAUACGGAAGAACCGUCAAGAGUACGAUGCUUUGGCAAAGGUAAUCCAGCAGCAUCCAGACAGACAUGAAACAAUGAAGCAGCUUGAGGCACUCGACAAAGAACUUCAACAGCUUUCACAAAUUAAAGAGAACGUGGAAGACAAGCUGGAGCUUCGUAAGAAACAGUUCCAUGUGCUCCUCAGUACGAUUCAGGAGCUCCAGCAGACACUGGAGAAUGAUGAAAAGAUGGAAAGUGAUGAAGCGAGUCAAGAGAGCCCAGUGGAAAAUGGAGACUAGUUUUUUUCACAACUUUUUUUUUUUUUUUUUUUAAAUCU